AUGGCUCCUCAGAAUCGUGUUUGGGCACCCCUGAACAUGUGGUAUGCAUGCAGAACGCCAAAUUGCACGAUCUUCGGAGCGGAGAGAGGUGAAGCCAUCCGUCAUUGCAAAGAUGCUCAUGGUAUCCCAGGCAGGACGGUGAAGCCCGAGCAGAAGGUUGAGCUAAAGUCAGAUGCCGAGAUCAGACAAAUGGUGGGCGACGCCUACUUUGAAGAUCGGGACGCCAAACGCACCAUUGCAAGAAAUCUACGGUUGGCGGCUCAAGCGGCUCAACAAGCACAGCCUGCGGUCCCUACUGCAACUCGUUCGCCUCCUGCACCUUCAUCAUCAUCAGCCACCCCGUCGUCUGUCCCAAAGAUUCCUGAUGUGUCACCAUUGUCUACCGAAGACUAUACCGAAGACAACAGCAAAGACAACAGUGGAGACAACAUCACCGACGGUAUCGAAAACGACGGACAGAGCGACAGUAUUGACGAUGGCGCCGCCUGGUGCUUCGAUCGCUACUUUGGUCCUGGCCAUUACCUUGGUCGUCCACACCAUUUCAACGACAAUCACGGUCUUGACGAUGAUGGCGAAGCCCGCAACGACGCUGAAGAGGACGAGAACGAAGGCGAAGGCGAAGACGGAGACGUCGUCAUGUUUGCGAGCGAGCCACCAUACCACAUGCUUGAAGAAGACAGGGAACCAGAGUCGACUUCCGUCGAGAUGCAGGUCGAGGAAGGGAGUCUUACCAACAGAGGCCCUCAGCGAGUCGAUCCACAACCAGUCCCAACAUUUCUGGGUCUGCCAGAUGAGGUUCGCGCCAACAUCACCGAGAUAAACGUCCUCCGCGAGACACAUUCUGGGCUAGGUGCUGCCGACCUUGAUGCCGCUAUCACCUUAGUGGAGACUCCAAGGUCGUUGAUUCGGUAA